AUGAAGUUCACUUCCAUCAUCACCGCAGGCCUUCUCUCUGCUUCUGCCCUUGCAAAGCAAGCCGCUUACAAGUAUGAGCGUCUUGACAAGGACGAUGCUCUUCUCCUCGUUGUCGACAUUCAGGAGGGUCUUUACCAAUUGACUCGCGAUUGGGAUCCUACUCUGUACCACCAUCAGUCUAUGGCUCAUGCUGCCAUUGGCAAGGCUUUCGAGAUGCCCGUCAUUCUCACCACUUCCGCUGAUCAGGGACCUAACGGCCCUCUCAUGCGCGAGAUCCGUCAAAUGUACCCCAAGGCUCCUCUCGUCCAACGUCAGGGCCAAGUCAACGCCUGGGACAGUGAAGAGUUCCGGGAUGCUGUCAAGGCCACCAACAAGUCUCAAAUCAUCCUUGCAGGUAUCACCACUGAUGUGUGUACCACCUUCCUCGCCCUGUCUCUUCGCGACGCAGGCUACUCCGUCUGGGCCAACAUUGAGGCUUCUGGUACCACAACCCCUCUCAUCCGCGAUGUUUCCAACGAUCGCAUGCGCGACGCUGGUGUCCAGGUUGUCAGUCUUUUCUCCAUCAUCUGCGAGUUGAUGAGAGACUGGAGAAACACCCCUGGUUCAAAGGAGAUCUACCCUUGGCUCGGACAGUACUUCCCUAUCGCUGGCUACAUGGCCCGUGGACAUGCUGCAGCUAUUUCCAAUGGUACUAUCCAGCCUGGUGAAGAGGGUUACACUUCUUACCCUUAA